UGGAUAUCGAUGUCCCGGGGAUUACUUUAACGCUAAACCCGUUGUUUGCGGUAGUAAAAGUAGUCGACCGUUUUAGUUAGAUUAGUUAGUUUUAUUUAAAACUGGUGUUUCUUUCCAGCCAUACAUGAACACACUGCGGCACUUCAGCCUCGCGCUGUGUACACCAGCAGAUAGUGAGCCGUUAGUUCAGUAACUUCAGUGAUGGAGUCACAAUGCGAGUACUUCAUGUAUUUCCCCGCCGCUCCGAUAUCGAGUCUGUCCGACCCUAAGGACUACGCGUCUCUUCCGCGGCGGGACCACGUCUACCUCGGGGAGGUCGUCCAGUUCCUGCUGGUCCUGCGCUGGCACGACGACGACAGCUGGAAGGAGCUCGCGGGCUCUCUGUCCGCGGUGGCGAGCGCGUGCGUCGCCGAGAGCCGCGCGCGGACACCCGGCGCCGAGUACCAGCCGGACAUCCAGAGCACCAGCAGCGGGGAGGAGGAGGAGUCCGGAGAGGGGGAGUGCGGGGGGGGCCCACCGGAGAGCAGCCGGACGUUCAGCCCGUGCAGCCCGCGGCUCAUUCGCAACAGCUGUGCGGCUGGCGGGCGGCAGUCCGGGAGGGAGCCGGUGAAGUCUGCUCUGGUGCUGGAGGACCGGGUCGUUUUUAGUCUCGCCGUCUCUCUGGACAAGCUGCCGGUCAACACACUGAAAGCCAAGAUCGUAGUGACCGUGUGGAGGCAGGGCGGGGAGGACGAGGUGGAGGAACUCGGCUACCUCACUCUGCUGCAGCUCCGGAGUCCGAUGCACACGUUCAGGCAGGACCUCAGCACCUUCAAGGCUCAGGUCAGCACCGUCCUGAAAGUUCUUCCACCUCCCAGUGUCCAAUGUCAGCACAUGGCCGUGUCUGGGAAACACCUGACUGUCCUCAAAGUGUUGAACUGCAGCUCUCAGGAUGAGCUGUGUGUCCGAGAUGUGAAGAUCCUUCCUAACUAUAACUCCUCCUACCUCCCCAUGAUGCCCGACGGCUCGGUUCUCAUCGUCGACGACGUCUGCCACCAAUCGGCGGAGGUCACCGUGGCGUCGUUCUACCGGAUGGAUGGCGAGUCGUCGCGCUUGCCCAGCACGCUCAGCGCCCUGGAGGAGCACAACUUCCUGUUCCAGCUGCAGCUGCAGGACAAGGCGCGGGGGGAGUCCAGCGAGGGUUUGGAGGUCCAGCUGGUGGCUGUGUUACAGUGGUACACUCCAACGCUGCCGUUGACAAGGUACAUCUCCAGUUGUUACUCGUUGCCCAGCAUCCGCUUGGACCGCCCCCUGCUGGUGAUGACCGCUUCCUGUCCCCGUGCCGUCCGGCCUCUGGAGCGCUUCUGGGUGAAAUACACCCUGCUCAACAACCUGCAGGACUUCCUGGCCGUCCGGCUGAUCUGGAGUUCGGACGCUGACAGAGGAGAUGAUCACAGCGCCCCCCCGGCGGUGGUGUGCCAGUCUCCCCUCAACAACCUGGGCCAGUGUAGGAAGGGCUCCUCCCUCUCCUUCACCGUGGCCUUCCAGAUCCUCAGGACUGGACUCUUUGAGUUGAGCCAGCACAUGAAACUGAAGCUCCAGUUCACAGCCUCGGUGUCUAGCCCCCCCGUGGAGCCUCGGUCACCAUCAUCAUCAUUGGGCCCCGCAGCCAGAGGGCUGCUGGAGAAACGUGACCCGGCCCGGUCGCAGAGCUUCUCCCAGCCGGCGCCGUCCAGGUCCGGCCACAGCAGGACCGGCAGCGCGGCGGCGCCCUGGGCCGCCGCGUCCACCGUGGGACCUCCGGGUGGCAGAGCGCUGCCGCCGGCCCCCGACCACGCCCUCAUCUCACUGGGGAAGAUAGCCAAGAGGGAGUGUAAAGUGUUGGUGCUGGGACCAAACCAAGAGGCUCACGGCAGAUGACGUGGAAAAAGUCUCGACUGAAGACGAGUAGAUGGAGAGAUGGACGGAGGAGGAGGAGCUUACAGGAGCGGUGAUGGAGCGGUGAUGGAGCCGAUGCUGCUGGCCACAAACAAUCUUCAUUUCAGUGGUUCAUCAUUUCAAGUCUUGUUUUUCACACUUCCUUUUACAUUUUAUUUCACUCAGCGGGUUAUUUUCAUUGCGCUGUGAUUUUAGUUUAUUUAUAGUUGCUAGUAUAUUUAUAAGUUGUAUGUAGGGUAUAAUCAGGAAACCCCAGAGUGCCUGCUUGUGCCUGGGGGCACAGAUACAGCUGGUGGAACCAGUUGUUUGUAUUUACUUAGAUACAUUUGGUGAAGUAUUUGUUUACCAUCAGUAAGUUUACAGAUGGCCCUCGUAACGCUAGCGUAGCUAAUGCUAAUCCCACCUCGCCUGAGUCACAUUCACUGAGAUAGUUAUUGUGAUGCUAACUUAGCUAACAACAUUCCAAUAACUAAAUGUACUAAUUAACAGCCUAUAGGUGCGCUUUAGGUCACCCUGUAGCCCCGCCCAUAAAGCGUCCCCUGCUUCAUGGUCUGUGUGACUCUAAAUGAGCAUAAUGUACUAAAUGAUGACAUCAUGCUGUAAAGAAGAAGACUUGAAACUAGAGACUGAGACAUAAACUCAUGUUUACAAUGUUUACUGAGGGAAUAAAUGAAGAGAGAAGUAGAGUCACUAUAUAUACUUCUAUACAACCAGAGGAGUCGGCCCCUGGUGGUCAGGAGAGAGAAUGCAGCUUCAACACAUGAAGCGUAGACUUCUAUACAACCAGAUGAGUAAUUAUAUAGACUUCUAUACAACCAGAGGAGUCGCACCCUGGUGGUCAGGAGAGAGAAUGCAGCUUCAACACAUGAAGCCUAGACUUCUAUACAACCAGAGGAGUAAUUAUAUAGACUUCUAUACAACCAGAGGAGUUGCCCCCUGGUGGUCAGGAGAGAGAAUGCAGCUUCAACACAUGAAGCAUAGACUUCUAUACAACCAGAGGAGUCGGCCCCUGGUGGUCAGGAGAGAGAAUGCAGCUUCAACACAUGAAACCUAGACUUCUAUACAACCAGAUGAGUCGGCCCCUGGUGGUCAGGAGAGAGAAUGCAGCUUCAACACAUGAAGCCUAGACUUCUAUACAACCAGAGGAGUAAUUAUAUAGACUUCUAUACAACCAGAGGAGUCGCCCCCUGGUGGUCAAGAGAGAGAAUGCAGCUUCAACACAUGAAGCCUAGACUUCUAUACAACCAGAGGAGUAAUUAUAUAGACUUCUAUACAACCAAAUGUGUAAUAACAGUGAAUAUGACCCGCUGAAGGGUUACAACACGGCUCUAUGUUGAGAAGAGGAUCACAUUUCAAUGAGUGGACUGGUCAGCACCAUCCACUGGACGUGCAGUUGAUGUUUUUAAUGAUAUUCAUUGUUAAUGUUCAGGUAGAGAGGAACACCUCCUCGGGACUUUAUUGUUGAGCUGCUUCGUGUUUACAUUCUGUCUUUGAACUUCAUGACGGCCACAUUCAAAGCGUUUCAUUGAGCAGCCAUUCAAGCUUUUGAAUAAGACGAUAUGUACAACAGAAUUAUGAGUUUCGUAGGUUAAGAUUAUUUUAUUUAUUUGUUCAUUUCCAGAUCAAUUGUUUCUGAAAGAAGUGUUCAAUCUUAAAGACUGACAGAAGAGGCAAAUAUGUGGGUUAUUGGACAUUUGACUACUUUCAUUUGUCUUGGACCAAAGUGUUGGCGUGGGGUGACUUUGAGAUGGAGGUGGCAAAGGGUCAAAGGUCAACUCAGUCAAGAAAAUGUGACAUUGGCCGAAUGGUGGAUUUACAGCUUCCCCAUUGGCUGACGAGUCUUUUGUUUUGGGUGAAUGUCCGUAUGGUGCCUUCCCAGUGUUAGCUGCUACACACUACUGACCUAUUGACCUCCACACGUGCGUGUGUACACUGAACUUCAACCCCUUGAAUUUGAGGCUAUAGAAUGUGGUAACGUGUGGAAUCUCCCGAGUGAGACCGUUGUUUGUGUGUUUGUGUGUGUGUGUGUGUGUGUGUGUCGUUGUGCGUCUGCUGCUGAACACAGGCGCUGCUGUUCUUUGUCUGAAUGUGUCUUUUAUUCCUGAACCUCCUCCUCCGACAUCCGAGCCGGCGGCGUGCGAGCAGGAAGCUCGUGUGGCGUCACGGGUUUGGAAACUCCGGGUGUUCUGCCCACGUUGAGGGCAAAUAAAGUUUAUAUUUGAA